AGUCCAUCUUACCGAAGAGAGGAAAGAAGCCUUUCCGAGCGGCGGUGAAAAAUAAAGUGCUAUGUCGCUGUCGGAGCGAGCAAAAAGUGCGCCCACGGGCUCGGCGCGCUGCUGGCGGCGUCUGUUCUGGGAGUCCAAAGCGAAGGGGAACAACCGCGAGUUGUCGCGCACGGCCGCCGUAGUGACGUCACUGGCUGCCGGCGCCUGCGCCGGGGCCCUCGCCAAGACCACGAUCGCUCCCCUUGAUCGCACCAAGAUACACUUCCAGAGCUCUGAAACCCCGUACUCCGUCCGCGCAGCGUUCGAGUUCCUGAAGCGGAGCGCGCGCGCCGACGGGCUGCCGGCGCUGUGGCGCGGCAACAGCGCCACCAUGGCGCGCAUCGUGCCCUACGCCGCCAUACAGUUCACCGCGCACGAGCAGUGGAAGCGGGCGCUCGGGGUCGACACGCCUGCCAUGGCCAAGCAACACAAAGUCCGCCACCUAGUAGCGGGCUCGCUAGCCGGCGUGACGUCACAGUCGGCCACCUACCCUCUCGACCUGGCGCGAGCUCGCAUGGCGGUCACCAGCGCGGCCACCUACCCCACCCUCGCCGCCGUGUUCCGUACGGUGGCCACGCAGGAGGGGCUGCGGACGCUGUACCGGGGCUACCCGGCGACCGUGCUGGGCGUGGUGCCGUACGCGGGCGUCUCAUUCUUCACCUACGACACGCUCAAGAGGAGAUACUUCGAAUACUCAGGCAAGCAGCAGAGCAGCGUGCUCAACGUGGCGUUCGGCGGCGCGGCCGGCGCGCUCGGCCAGACCGCCUCCUACCCCCUAGAUAUAGUGCGCCGGCGCAUGCAGACCGCGCCCAGGAGGCCGGACGGCUCCUACCCCUACAGAAACAUACCUAGCGCUAUACGAGAUGUGUACAGAGUGGAGGGCUGGCGCGGGUUCUUCAAGGGGCUCAGCAUGAACUGGGUGAAGGGGCCCGUGGCCGUCGGCAUCUCGUUCGCCACCUACGACAAGAUCAAGACGACACUACGCGAGCUAGCGCUCACACUGCAAUAGCCCUUAUCGGUGGCAUCAUUCGUCGGCAUCUGGAGUGACAGUUUAAGUAAUUGGCUAUUUUUUUAUCCAAUCUACUCUCUUUCAUUUGUACUAAAAAUCUGUGCGAGUCGGACUCGCCCACCGAGGGUUCCGUACUUUGUUGUAGCGGCAACAGAAAUACAUCAUCUGUGAAAAUUUCAAUCUGUCACGGUUCAUGAGGAACAG